AUGACGAAAACAAGAGAGAACCUUAAAAGUUCAGAUAAAGUUGUUUUUUAUGACAAACUUAAACGUCAAUUCUAUAAUGGAACAAUUCGAGCAGCCGAAAAGACGGGUAAUAAAACUUUAUAUAAAAUAGCCUUAGACGAGGAGGCCAUAAAGGUGGAAAUAGAAGUACCUUCACUAAACAUAGUUCGUCUACAACAAAAUAUCUAUACAGCUUACCAUUAUUUGAACUUGGAAAAACUAUUUGAAAAAGUGCUAUCUUCUUCCAGCGUUAAGCAAGUUUUAUCUUUUGCUAAUGACAACAAAAAUCUAACAACCAGCGAAAAUAAGGGCCUUGUUGAUUUUUUACAAAUCCUUAGAAAGCAUCAAAAGCAUGAGUACACAACUUUAGAAGAACUUAAAGAUGACUUAACGUUGCUGGUGGAUAGUGCUCAUAGAUAUUCUGGUAAUAAUAGAGCUCAAGUGAUAAAGAGUGCGGAGGAAAUAAAAACUUUUUUUCUAAAAAUUUUAGCUGCUCUAACGAAACAUGAAGAGGAGAAUGACGAAGAUCCUGACUGGAGGAUUUUAGAAUUUUCUAGCGAGUUUGCAUUUGUUUACGACUGCUGUAAAAAGUGUGGCGCUGUGUGUACAGGAGAAUAUGUCACAUGCUCGACCUGUUGCGAGUCGAGUCAUCUGAGUUGUUGUGAUUCUGUCGCUCAACUAAAACAAAUUAACCGAUAUAAGAAUUGGAAGUACAACUGUCUUUCUUGUAUCGUCUGUGAAAAGUGUGGAGAGGAAGAUCCACAGGAUGAACUUCUAGUUUGUGAUGACUGUGGAAGAACCUUUCAUUAUAAAACCUGCUUGGCCGAACCCUUGAAAAAUAUUCCCGAAGGCAACUGGUUUUGCGGUAAUUGCCAGGCACCAAAGCCCGUCCGCUCGAAACUUGAGCUCGUUCACCUAUCGAGCUUGACAAGCUUACCCGAUGUUACUGAACAAGAAGAUGACCGAAAGUGCAGUCUCUGCCACCACAGAGGCCACGGAAUAACAGGGGAUCUGCUCUACGCUGCAUACGACAUCUGGGUCCAUAAGGCCUGCGCCUACUGGGCUUUUUCUGUCCGUGAGGAAAUGCUGGAGCACUUACUUUUCAACGUUCUCAGUGCUAUCCGCCUUGGAAGCUUUCAUAAAUGCCAGCUGUGCCAACGAGCGGGGGCCACCGUCAUGUGUACAUAUAAGGACCAGGAAGAAAUAAAUUGCCCCCAUGCCUACCAUCUGCCAUGUGCUGUUGCGUCCGGGUGCCUGUUUUUGCAAAAGAAGCGCAUGCAGUGCUCCCAACACCGUAAGGAUAACUCGGAAAAAGGGCUCCUAUCUGCGCAGUACCUGCAGUUGCAUCGACCGUUAGUAAUUCACACUUCGUUCACCGAACUUCCGGACCUUCCCAAAGAACCACUCUUUGUACGCCAGUCGAACAUCACAAUCCUCUCCGCAGGAAGGGGAAAACAAAGAGUCGGUUUUAAAUGUUUCAAAGUCUACUGGAGUGUAGUGAAAAAAGGAGUGAGAUAUCCGUAUCUGUUCUCUAUUCUUCCCGAUGGAGUCUUCCAGCUAACAGGCGACGGUCUGUACCUGACUAAUAAAAAUCUGGGAGAUUUAGGUAAUGAUUUCCUUUCGAAGGUCCAGAAAAUAUACUUCCCCAAGAAUAAAGUCAGCCCUGCGCUAUUCGACUUUGAGGCCUUUUUUGGUCUAAACGUCUCACAGCCAAUGUUCGCCCUUCCGCCGAAAGUGCCUAGCGAAAAAACCAUCAAUCAAUGGAUCUAUCGCUUGCAGACCAAUCUCAUUGUAAAGGAGAACGGCCAAGAAUUAAAAAAUCCCGAGGGAAAGCAAAAAGGACGAGCCCAAGAACCCAAUAAAGUGCCGCGAGACGGUGCUCCUGCGGAGCCUACUCUCGAAACUCUCUUUGGAGUAGCAUCGAAAGAGACAAGGGAAAAUUAUGUGGAGAGCAGCAGAGAAGGGGGGAGCCCCGCCAAACUAAGGAAAGUGGUGGACGCUGAAAAUAAUGAACUCUCUCAACUUGAAAAUUCUUCAUCCGUCGCAGAACGGAAAGUUACUUUUCCUCAGACAGCAGCUCCUGCGAGUGCCGAUUUAUGUACACCUGCUCCUACCGAUCUGCCGGAAAGUUGUCCAGCUACUGGCUCGUCCGAAGUUCAAACAAAGAACUUGGUUCCUACCCCCACCACGCCCGUGCAACAUGUGCCAUGCGUCAAGGUUUUUGAUGUUCUCUGUAAUAAAACGCUUCUUGGUGUGCGCGUGAACUCCCCGUAUCUCAACGUUAUCUACUUCAUGCCAUGUCAAUGCGAAUUUCCCUUUCUGUACGGAAACAAGUACGAGGAGAGUAAAAUUACAGAUUGUCAAGACUUUAAUAUCGAAGAAGAGUUCAUCCGCGAGAGAGAAAGCCUUGCGCUUCUGCUUUAUAAUAUUUUAGAAACUCAAACGAAGAUAUUUAAAAUGGCCAAAAACUUAAGAGAAAAACAAAAAGUAGCCAUAGAAACUUUUAUAAAACUGAAAGUUCCUGAUGAGGUGCAAGCAAACUACAGGCAGCUUACAGAGCCGCCCGCUGCCGGCCCCAGUCGAUGAUGGGAAAGACGCCCCCGCAGUAGACCACAAGCAGUAAUCUCCCCUUCUAAAAUCAAUAAAGUACAUUAAGCAAAUUAGUUAAUGAAGUCCACCUAAAUACACAAC